AUCACCAGGAAGUAGGAAGUGGUUUUGGGUUACCAAGUUAUUGUUAGUAAAUCCAGAGCAUUCUUACUGAGCGGUCUAGGUGUCAAACAUGCCUUCUCGCGAUCCCAGUUUUUCUGGCUCCUCCAUACUUUCUCUGGAAAAUACUGCUCUUCGUGGAGGGAAAUCACUGACCCAGCCUCGUUGUAAACUAGCCCUUAAGCUGCCCGGCUCUGAAUGGCUGAACAUGUCUACCUUACGUCAGCCUUGCACUGAUGCUUAUGGAUCUCAGAAACUAUCUCUAGUGCCUUCCUGGGAAGAAAAGUCAUCUGACCUUACACAGUUUACCAAUCAAUCCUUGCUGAUUUCUAAACAUGCACUGUCAUGUAACCCUCUUCUUAAUUCUGAAAGUACUUUGACUUCCUCUCAAUCUCUCAAAUCUAAGCUGUCUCUUUCCACUACAGCUACUGAUCUGACUUCUUCCAUUUUGACUACUAAACCUGUAUUGUCCUCACUUUCCUCAAAUCUGUCACUUCCCUCUAAGCUUGCAACAACAUCAAAUUCAUCUAUAUGUUCCAUACAUCCUGAUAACUUGGAUUCUUCCUUGACCUCUGUAUGUGUAACCACAGAUCUCUCUAAAUUGGUUCUGACACCACAGUCAACGUUAUCCUCUUCAACAGACACAAAAAAUAACUAUAAUCCAAGUAAGCAAAAUCUAGUGAAGUCCUUUCCAUCUGAUGCUACUUUGAACCCGAAAUUUACUUUAGGUGGCACCCAAGGAGAAUCAAGUGCCUUUGAAUCUGAAGGAGACACGGCUUCACUUGAGAGCCUUCCCUCUCUUACUGAGCAAGCGCGACUGUAUGCCGAUGUACUUUGCGAGAAUGUUGAGAUUUCAUCCUCAAAACAAUGCCAACCUGCACUCCUUGUAUCCAUGCCAGAAGACACAAUGCAUACUGUGAAGCAAGAAAGAACUACUUUAAACAGCCAACAGUCAGAAACAUAUCUUCACCAGAAGAAGAUGGCUUUGGUAUCUGCUGCUUGCUGCUCAUUAGUAAAUGGACCCAAGUUCUCAGAUAGCUCAGAUCUGACCCGGGCCGAAAUAUGGAGCUUAUGUGAGGAGAUGGCAAAGUUGGAUCCAGAGUUUGUACUCAAGGUUGCCCUCUACACUCGUCAAGAACUUAACAUUCGCAGCACAGCAAACUUCCUGCUGGCAGUGUCUACUCUGCUUCCUGCAUGCCGUCCAUAUUUGCGCAGAUAUUUCUGUGCUUCUGUUCAGCUUCCAUCUGACUGGAUGGAGGUACCACGGCUGUAUCAGAGUUUGGCUGGAACAAUUAGGAUGGCGCCCUUGCCUGCCUGCCUUCGCCGGGCUAUGACCAUUAAAUUCAAGGAAUUCAGUGAAUAUCAAUUGGCUAAAUACAACACACGCAGACAACGUGGGAAAUCUAAUCCUAAGAAGCGAGACAACCGGACACUGAAUGUUCCCAGACAGGUGAAAGUGGGAAAAUCCUUGAGAUUUUUGGAAUCCUCUUUAAACGCUCUCCAACAGAAGUUUGAUACUUCUCCUCCACCUAGUUGUAGUAAGAAAACUAAAGAUAAUGUUUCUCUCAAGAGUUUGAUUCAGAGGUUGCACAUCUCCAAGCCAGCUAACUAUGUCAUGAGCCUCCUUGGUUGCAAGUAUCCUAAGGACCUAGAAUCCUUCUCUCGUAGUGGUCUUGAGGGACCCUGGCAGCCCCAGCUUGCAGGUUGUAGAAUGAAACUUAAGCAGCCUGAGACAUGGGAGAGAGAACUGAGCCAGAAGGGGAACACAGGACCAGUAUGGGAAAUGUUACUGGACAACAACCAGGUUCCCUUCAUGGCAUUACUAAGAAAUCUACGAAGCUUAAUCCGGGCAGGUAUCGGUGAUAAAUAUCAUAAGCAAGUGACAUCCCGCCUCUCCAACCAGAAUGCUGUGAUUAAGAGCCGUCAGUUCCCAUUCCGAUUCCUCUCUGCCUACAAAGUAAUUCAACAUUUAGAUCUUCAGAGAUGCAAAUCAGAAACGCCAUUCCCAUCUAACAAGACCCUCCUCGAACGCAUCAUGAGGAGAGAAGGAAAAUUUGAUGCCAAGCUGAGAGGGCGGCGCUUUCUUCGACGUCAUCUGAGAGCUCUUCUUGCAGUUCCUGCUUUGUACCAAAUGCUGAAAAGAGAAAAAGAAGCAGUGAGGAAGGCCAGAUCAUUGAAACUGGAUAAGGAUGUCCUGCAGAGUUACAAAAAGGCUCUGGAAGAUGCUGUACAAAUUUCUGCAAAGCACAACAUCCCACCCCUACCAGGGCGUACGGUUAUCCUUUUGUGUGCAAGUGACCCCAUGCAUGAAGAUUGCCAUGGAGCCAAAGAAUUGAGCAUGCCGACUGAAGACACAGACCUUAUGGAUAGAUGUAAAAAUCCCACGCUCCUGGAUGUGGGUCUACUGCUUGGUCUCAUGGUGAAAGGCAUUUCAGAGAGCUCUCAGUUAGUCUUGUAUAAUGAACAAUCCUUUUUCCUCGAUGAAACUUCUUCUAGCAAUCUUCUACAGAAUUUCAUCAGUCUCAAUGAUCAAGUUCCGGAAAAACUGCAAUAUGGAAUUAAUUUAUCAGUCGAAAACGUAAAGCCACCAGUGAACUAUCUACUUGAACUUCUCUCAAAGCGAACAAAGGUGGAUACAUUUCUGGUGUUUGCACCCUCUCCACUUGAGGAAGAGUUCCGUACCGUGAUGCGCCAUUACCGCAGGGAAGUGAAUGCAGACUGUCUCUGUGUGACUGUGCUGCCUGCUGGUUAUAAAAGGGAGGAUGACAUUGAAGAGUGCAAUGAUAUCACUCUCUGUGGUUUCACUGAACAGGUAUUGCGUUUUGUGUCAGAGCGUGGCACUGCGCGGCUCAUUGAUCACGUGGAAAAGGUAAAUGAAAGAUUUAAUGUUCCUGAAGACCCAGAUAGUGCAAGGAGAAAGCAAGUAUCUGCCCGGGAGAUAAUUACCAUGCCUGCAAAACAGAGGUGGCGCAGCAUUCGUGUCUUUAUAUCUUCAACGUUCCGUGACAUGCAUGGUGAGCGAGACAUUUUGAUUGGCCGUGUGAUGCCAGAGUUGCGUGUCCGAGCUGCCCGUCACUUUCUGUCACUGGAGGAAGUUGACUUACGGUGGGGAAUUACUGAAGAGGAAGCAAAGAAAGACAGACAACUGUCUCUGUGCCUGUCUGAAGUUUCUCGAAGCCAGAUAUUUAUCGGGAUCCUAGGCGAGCGCUAUGGGCAUACUCCUUCUGUGUAUUCUGUGCCACUCUUGCCUGACUUUCAAUGGAUUCAGACUUACCCUCCAGGACGAUCUAUCACUGAGCUAGAGGCUAUGCAGUUCUUGAAUCAAUGUGACCGCAAAAUAUCAAGUUACCCCAAGGCUUUCUUUUAUUUAAGGGAUCCUGGUAUACUUAGGUCUGUGCCCAAAGAGUGGCUGUCAGAUUUUGCUCCUGAAAGUCAAGGAGCAGAAAUUCGUGUGGCUGACUUAAAGAACAGAGUGUGCAAACAUCCAGCCGCCAAGAGCUCUCGGUAUGAUUGUGAAUGGGGUGGCGAGCGAGAUGGGAAACCAUUUGUGACAGGGCUGGAAGAAUUUGAGGCUCAAGUGCUGGAAGAUAUUUGGCAAGUGAUUGAAAGGGACUUUAUCAGGGAGGAGACCGAUAGUUCUGGGGACGAUGGAGAGCAGGAGGGCUUCCAGGAGUGGCAGGAACGACUCUUCUGUGCCAGGAAACAGUUAGUGUUGAGUACACAAAACCAGAUGGUAGAGAAGACCUUGUCAUCUCCUUCAAAAGGACAAGUAUUUCUUGUGUGUGGAGAGCCCAGCCAAGGAAAGACGGUGUUCAUGGCAGUCCUCGUGAAAGAGCUGAGACUUGCAGCAUCCUCUUCAGUGAUUUAUCACUUUGCCGGAGCCACCCCUGAGGCACGGGGAGUGGAGAAUAUGCUGACACGUGUCUGUAAACAGCUGAGCUGGCAUCUGCAGAGACCGAGUGAGAACAUCAUCUCCUAUAGGGCACUUAGGGAUGAGUUCAACUACCUCUUACUAUUAACCUCCCGGUCUCUGAGACGAAACCAAACAUUUACCCUGCUGAUUGAUGGCGCUGACUUGCUUUGUGGACGUGCAGGGGAUCUCAGUUCUGAUUGGAUCCCUGAGCAUUUGCCUACGAGGGUGAACCUGGUCCUGAGCAUGACUGAGGGAUCUUCCCUCUCUGGUUUCCUGCGCCGUCGGAAGGACACCAUGCUCAUCUCUUUAGGGAGCCUUGAACCUUCAGAUCGAGCAGAGUUAGUGAGACAGAGGCUAGCUGUGUACGGGAAGAAACUGGAUGAGUCUUCCUUCAACAAUCAGAUGCGUCUACUUUUGAUUAAGAAAGGAACAAAAGACCCUUUGUACUUGACUAUGGCCUGUGAGGAGCUACGUACCAAUGCAAUCUUUGAGAAGCUCUCUGAUGAUAUACAAAAGUUGCCUGCUUCCCUUGCCCCACUUAUCCAGAGAAGACUUCAGAGUUUGGAGAAUGAACAUGGGACAACAAUGGUAACCAUAGCUCUGACUGCCAUCUGCCUCUCACGGAAAGGACUGCUAGAGCGAGAUCUUCUCCGGAUCCUGAGCUCUUUGGAGAAGCUGCACUCUGUAUAUGCUACAAGUUGGACUAAGAUACUGACUGUGGCUACUCAAGCAGAGAACCUUCCAAUGACCACCUUUACACUACUCCUAAGGGGAUUAAGAAGUGUACUUGGCCUCUGGACUUCUGAUUCUAGACUUCACCUUCCAUGUGGCUUAAUUAGAGAUGUUGUGGAGAAACGCUAUCUGGCAAAAUCAGAGGUUAUCCGAGCUGUGCACCUUCUCAUUGCCGCACAUCUCUGGACGGUUUGCUUUCCUGUAGACCCACAAUCCUCUCCUUUGCCUCCAGCUGAGUGCUUGAGUGAACUGUCCCAUCAUUUGCUGUGCAGUCGGCAGUUACAAACCCUGGGAGAACUGCUCUUGACCCUUCCAUUCUUGCAAACACACGCAACAUUGGGCUUACUCCCACAUCUGUGUCAGGUGUACUGUCGCUAUGUUGACGCUGUGUCUUCCAACCAGGACCUGAAGGAAUUUGGUGGCAAGCAGCAAGAUUUGCAUACGGUGGUAUCAUCUGUGGAGGAGCUUAGAGAGUUCAUUCAGCGCUCCCUACCUAAUCUUUCACAGAAUCCUUCGAUAUUUUACCAACUGGCUUUGAAUGAACCUCGCUGCUCCAUAGUAUGUGUUGAAGCUCAAAAGAUCAUCAGUGCUAGAAAUUGUACAGAUGACCAGAGACUCGUAUUGUGGAUUAACAAACCUCAAUCGGUUAAUGUCUGUUCCAGCAAAUCAUUGGAGGUCCCUUCUUCUCCCAGUUGUGCUGUGUUGGGCUCAGAGGGUAGAAUGGCCGUGGUAGGCACUAGUGAUGGCUCACUAUACAUCUUUGAUACACAGAGUGGGGAGGAUUUGAAAAUACUACAAAGUGGCUGUGAUGGAGUAGCUGCUUGCUCAUUUAUUUCCUCUGACACUCUCUGUGUAACUUCAUAUGAUGGCAUAAUGGAGAUCUGGAACAUCAAAGAUGGCUGCAGAAUGUACAGAACUGAAGCUCACAGACGGCAGGUCACUGGUUGCCGUGCUACAGCUGAUCGUAGGCAGAUCCUCACUUGUUCUUUGGACUGCCAGCUUAAGCUCUGGGAGACUAACCGUGGUUCCCAUUUAGGCUCAACAUCUUUUCCAAGUCCCUUGAAUUGUGUUGAAUUUCAUCCACGUGAACAUGUGGUUGCAGUGGGAUCCUGGGAUGGGAAGAUAACAAUGGUUCAUCUGGGAACCUGGAAGAGAAAUGCUAUCCUUGGUGGAGGCACCUCAGUGAGAGCCAUCUCUUUCUCUCUGGAGGGCAAUAUGGUGAUUUCAGGGAGUCUUGAUGGCUUUGUUUCGCUUUGGGCCUGGGAGACUAAUGUCCAACUUGCUCACUUCAGUGCCCAUAAUGGAUCAACAAUGACUACCAGCUUAUUGAGACAGGGAGAAAAUCUUCUAACAGGUGGAGAGGAUGGCAAGGUACAAGUUUGGUCAGGUGGUCUUGGGAAGCUGGAAGGUCAAGUUUGUAUGGAGACCACACAGUCCUCUGCACUAUGUCUCGGGAUCUCACCUAAUAAACAACUGCUGGCUGUUGGCUAUCACUCAGAUUCAGUGUUUGUCUAUAAUGUGGAUUCUGGUGACCGUGUAUCACUAUGCAGUUUCACGGAUGUGGCAGUAAGAACUCUCCUAUGGCUCUCGGACAGUGUGCUGGUCACUGGGAGUUCUGAUAAUUUGGUGCGAAUAUGGAAUGUCACACCUGGAGCUUCUGUCUGUCAACUGACACUUAAUGGACAUCAGCGCCCUGUGCAAGCACUUGCUAUAUCUUCUCAACUUUUGGCAUCUGCAUCUGACGAUGUUUCUGUCUGCUUGUGGACAUUGGAAAAUCUGCUUGGAGCUGCUUUGCCUUCUGCCCCAGUUUCUGUCCUACGAGGCCACAAAGCCGGAGUUACAUGCUGCUCUUUCAGCCGGGAUGGAAGACUUUUAGCAACAGGAGGGAAGGACCGGUCUGUGCUGUGUUGGGAUGUCUCUCUAAGCCCACCUGCUAUUGUACACUCUCUGCUGUCAUGCCACAGGGACUGGGUAUCUGACUGUGCAUGGACUGAGGAUAAUAAACUGGUAUCUUGCUCGGGAGAUGGCUCCGUGUGUCUCUGGAAUGUCACUCUGCAGGAAUGCCUUUUGCAGUUUGCAGGACACCAUAGUGCAAUCAGUAGUGCUAUUUGCGUGAGAGAACAUGUACUGACAUCAGGUAGGGAUGGAUGCCUGAAGGUUUGGAAUAUGUCAGGCGUUGAGAUUGCCAGCAUUCAAGCUCACCAUGACCAAAUAAAUCAGAUCAUUGCGUACUGGGAUUCAGAAGAAAGCCAAGAUGAUGACAAUUUAGUGGCUUAUACAGCGGGUUCUGAUGGAUCUGUUUUAAAGUGGAGCCCUCUGCAGAUGGAAAAGAUGCAAAUGUUAUGUGGUCAUGGAGACACAGUGAUCGCUUCAGCAAGUGCACCACACGGCGAAGUCACGGUUACAGCAGCAAUCAAUGGCUCAGUGCGAUUAUGGGGAAAGCCUUGCAGAGAGAAGAGCGUUUUACCCAUCAGCCACAUCGGUGCAGUUUCUGCUAUUGCCUGGUCUCCUGAUGGAAAGGUAGUGGUGUCAGGUGAAGAGACUGGAGCUGUAAUUGUAUGGCAGCAAUAUAAACCCAUUCUCACAUUACAGUGCAGUGAACUUUGUGUGUUUUCACUUAUAUUUACCACUCAACGGUCAUUCUGUGUGGUAUCCAAUGAUAAGAAGGUGUCACGUUGGCUAUUGUUUCCAUGCAAAGCUGGUGGCUUCAGAAGUAAGAAAGCAUACAGUGUGGAAAUGGAGUCCCAGGUGGUCAGUGCAACUCUAACCUCUUCUGAACAGAUUGAGUUGAUUACAGUGCUUGGAAAUAGGUUUCUCCUUGAAACAAAGACUGGUGUACUAAAGCAGGGAAAUAAUUCUGAAUCCAGCUCUGUGCAAGAAGCCAGGGCUCAGCCGCCACCUGAGGAGUUGCAGCCUGGCACCUUUAUCAAUGCAAGGAAAUCGGACAUUGGUGUAUGUGAUACAGCUGGGUGUCUAUGGCUUCCCAGCAAAGAGGUUAAGAAUUCUAAAGGGAAGAUGACAGUCAAGUGGGAAAAAAUACAGAUGCACAAUGCUUCAAUUUCCUGCCUCUCUGCAAUGGAUGGUUAUGUUGUCUCAGCAUCCAUGGACAGGUCCGUGAAGAUCUGGAAGCGUAACCCAUUCAAACAGAUAGGAAUGUUCCACUGUGAAGGAGCUAUCACCUGCCUGUCACUCUGUCCUGAACUGGAAAGUGACUCAUCCCCUCCAAUCCCUCAGAUAGCCUGCGGAGAUCAGUAUGGAAAUGUGUAUCUCUUGACUUGCAUAUAAGAUGCAAUUAAAUAAUUGAAAGCAAGUGCCAGUGUGAGUAAAGGAAAAGCUGGGUUAUAUGUAUGUUAAGAUUAUACUGGUGUGUGGAUCUGUCAUUGUAAUAUUUAGAAAUAGUUACAUCAUGUUUAAAGGUGUGAUUUUGCAAAGAUUAUUAAUCUCAAUCUAUUUCGAACUAUACUAGGCUUGCAUAUAUUUUGUUGUUUAAAAGAAAUGAGCAAUAAAUAUUUAAUAAAGAACAUUUAUUUUAUUGAAUGAAGUAUACAUAGGACCAAGAAACCCAUUAAAGAUCAUUAUGCCGUUCC